UGACGCAGUUGUCAUUUGCGUCCUCUUUGUCAGCGGACAGUGAAGGUUACCUGCUUCAACAGUGCUUGAACGGCAACCUGUCUACUGCUUCCUCCCGGCCCUCGGAGACUCCUCUCACACCCGGACCCAUCCUCCCUCCACCCAGACGGACAUCCACCUUCCUCCACCCAGACGAACAUCCACCUCAUCCACCGCCUUUCCAGCGCCCCGGUUAACCCAAGACGCCUCCGCCAGCACGUCGGUGUCGCUCAAACUAACCCGCAGAACCAGACGCCGGGCCGCUAGAACCCCUCCGGACCGCCAGAACCCCUCCGGACCGCCAGAACCCCCGCUUUCACAAGUUGACGAACCAUGACGUCCCAGGUGAGACAAAACUACCACCAGGACUGCGAGGCUGCAAUCAACAGGCAGAUCAACCUGGAGCUCUACGCCUCCUACGUCUACCUGUCCAUGUCAUAUUACUUUGACCGUGAUGACCAGGCAUUGCACAACUUUGCCCAGUUCUUCCGUAAGCAGUCCCAUGAGGAGCGUGAGCACGCUGAGAAACUGAUGAAACUUCAGAAUCAGAGGGGUGGAAGAAUUUUCCUACAAGACAUCAGGAAACCAGAGAGGGACGAGUGGGGCAGUGGUGUGGAGGCUCUAGACUGUGCCCUACAGUUGGAAAAGAGCGUCAACCAGUCAUUGCUGGACUUGCACAAGGUCGCCGCUGACCACAACGAUCCACAUAUGUGCGAUUUCAUCGAGACACACUUCCUGGACGAACAGGUGAAGUCCAUCAAGGAGUUGGCAGAUUGGGUGACAAACCUGCGCCACAUGGGUGCCCCACAGAACGGCAUGGCCGAGUACCUGUUCGACAAACAUACCCUGGGCAAGGAGAGCAGUUAGAUCCUGCCAGUGAUGUAUUAAACAUAUGUAUAUCUUUAUCUCGCUUCAUAGUGUCUUUGAAAGAGAAGUUAAGUGCAAGGAACUGGCCAGUAAGUCGCAUUUCAUAUCAUUCUCUCCUGUUUUCAGGGGUUAACAUCUAAUGAUCACUGUCCCGUCCCCCAGCGUUCCAAUAGCCAUUUACACGUAUUCUAUAAGCCAUAGCUUCCAUCGCUGAGUUCAUAGUCCACUCUGCACGUCCCUCGCCUCUGUCAACUGUCUCUGUCGUCACUAUGACUUCGGCAUAUUUUGUGUUCACAGUUUUAAGCAAACCAAAUAAAGAAAACACCCUGGAUUCUGAA